GCCAAAUAUUAAACGCAGACGAUCGCUAGCGGUGAGCAGACGUGUGCUCCGCUCGAUUCAGGUUCCGAUUGAAAAUAAAGAUACUACGGAUACUCUCGCUCAGCAACAAAUAAGUUCUAAAUUUAUCGCUCGCACUCGCGGGGAAUUCGAAUCUGGUGUCUUUGGCAUUAAAAGCGUUUUCGGAGCUGUGAAGGGAACGUAAGCAGUCGCCAAGAUGGGGGACAUGUUCCGUAGUGAGGAGAUGGCACUAUGCCAGAUGUUCAUUCAGCCGGAGGCCGCGUACACCUCCGUAUCUGAGCUGGGAGAAACCGGCUGUGUGCAGUUCCGCGACUUGAAUGUGAACGUGAACGCGUUCCAACGGAAGUUCGUCACCGAGGUGCGUCGUUGCGAUGAGCUAGAGCGUAAGAUCCGCUACAUCGAGACAGAGAUCAAGAAAGACGGCAUUGUCCUUCCCGACAUCCAGGAUGAUAUUCCACGUGCCCCCAAUCCACGUGAGAUCAUCGAUCUUGAGGCUCACCUAGAGAAGACCGAGUCGGAGAUGAUCGAGCUGGCCCAGAACGAGGUGAACAUGAAGUCCAACUAUUUGGAGCUCACCGAACUGCGCAAGGUUCUGGAGAACACGCAGGGUUUCUUCUCUGACCAGGAGGUCCUCAAUCUGGAUUCUUCCAACCGAGCUGGAGGAGACAAUGAGGCCUCCGCCCAACAUCGCGGCAGGCUUGGAUUUGUUGCCGGUGUCAUUAACCGCGAGCGCGUGUUUGCUUUCGAGCGCAUGUUGUGGCGUAUCUCCAGGGGCAAUGUCUUCCUUAAGCGUUCCGAUUUGGAUGAACCUCUGAACGAUCCAGCCACCGGUCACCCCAUCUACAAGACCGUUUUCGUUGCCUUCUUCCAGGGCGAGCAACUGAAGAACCGCAUCAAGAAGGUAUGCACUGGCUUCCAUGCCUCCCUGUAUCCGUGCCCUAGCUCGCACAACGAGCGUGAGGAGAUGGUACGCAACGUUCGCACUCGUUUGGAAGAUCUGAAGUUGGUUCUUAGCCAGACAGAGGAUCACCGCAGCCGUGUCUUGGCCACCGUGUCCAAGAAUCUGCCCUCGUGGUCCAUCAUGGUCAAGAAGAUGAAGGCCAUCUACCACACUUUGAAUCUGUUCAACAUGGAUGUAACCAAGAAGUGCCUGAUUGGAGAGUGCUGGGUGCCCACCAAGGAUUUGCCCGUUGUCCAGAAGGCUCUGUCCGAUGGAUCAGCUGCUGUGGGUAGCACCAUCCCUUCGUUCUUGAACGUAAUCGAUACCAACGAACAGCCACCGACCUUCAACAGGACCAAUAAGUUUACUCGUGGCUUCCAGAAUCUGAUUGAUGCCUAUGGUGUAGCUUCAUACAGGGAGUGCAAUCCCGCCCUGUACACUUGCAUCACCUUCCCCUUCCUGUUCGCCGUGAUGUUCGGGGAUUUGGGUCACGGUCUGAUCCUCGUUUUGUUCGGAGCUUGGAUGGUUCUCUGCGAGCGCAAGUUAGCUCGCAUCCGCAACGGUGGAGAGAUCUGGAAUAUCUUUUUUGGAGGUCGUUAUAUCAUCUUGCUCAUGGGUCUAUUUGCAAUGUACACUGGCUUGGUCUACAACGAUGUCUUCUCUAAGUCAAUGAACCUGUUUGGAUCUCGUUGGUUCCAAAACUACAAUACAUCAACGGUGUUGACUAACCCAAACCUGCAGUUGCCCCCCAACAGUUCCGCCGUCGGCGUCUAUCCCUUCGGAAUGGAUCCAGUAUGGCAAUUGGCUGACAACAAGAUUAUCUUCCUUAACAGCUUCAAGAUGAAGCUCUCAAUCAUCUUCGGUGUCCUGCACAUGGUCUUCGGUGUGUGCAUGUCGGUUGUUAACUUCACCCACUUCAAGCGUUACGCUUCCAUUUUCCUGGAGUUCGUGCCACAGAUCCUGUUCUUGUUGCUACUCUUCGGUUACAUGGUGUUCAUGAUGUUCUUCAAGUGGCUCCGCUACAACGCUAGGACUAGCUACCAGCCAGACACUCCCGGUUGCGCUCCAUCUGUGUUGAUCAUGUUCAUCAACAUGAUGCUGUUCAAGAACACUCCGCCACCAAAAGAUUGCGAAGAGUUCAUGUUCGAGUCCCAGCCACAGCUGCAGAAGAUUUUCGUAUUCAUCGCCUUGUGCUGCAUCCCGUGGAUGCUGCUGGGCAAGCCGCUGUACAUCAAGUUCACCCGCAAGAACAAGGCUCAUGCCAACCACAAUGGUCAGCUGACCGGCAACAUUGAACUGGCCGAAGGCGAGACCCCACUGCCCACUGGCAUCUCUGGAAACGAGGAGAAUGCCGGAGGAGCUCAUGGCCAUGACGAUGAGCCAAUGAGCGAAAUCUACAUCCAUCAAGCCAUUCACACCAUUGAAUACGUGCUCAGUACCAUCUCACACACGGCCUCCUAUCUGCGUCUCUGGGCUCUGUCUCUUGCUCAUGCCCAGCUCUCCGAGGUGUUGUGGCAAAUGGUGUUGUCCCUGGGUCUGAAAAUGUCCGGCGUGGGCGGUGCCAUUGGUUUGUUUAUCAUCUUCGGCGCUUGGUGUCUGUUCACCCUGGCCAUUCUGGUUCUCAUGGAGGGUCUGUCCGCCUUCCUGCACACCCUGCGUCUCCACUGGGUCGAGUUUAUGAGCAAGUUCUACGAGGGAAUGGGAUACGCUUUCCAGCCCUUCAGCUUCAAGGCUAUACUCGAUGGCGAGGAGGACGAGUAAAUUCACCCAAUGUGCUCAAACUGGAGAAAAUGUAUACAAUUAUCGGCUUUGUUUACCAUCAGCCCGAACUAUUGUUUGUUAAAUGUUUUUGUUUUGUUUAAUUUUUUUGGAUAUUGUCAGUAUUGUGGUGCUCUUCCCACAUUUUUUGUAUCCUCCGUUUUGUAUUUCAUCUGUUGUCAAAGUAUUUCUCAUUGGAGUUGUACCUAGUAUUCUCAAAAACCGUUUCAAAAGCAAUAAUUUGAUAUUCAUUGUUAUAAAUAACUACUUACACAAAUAUUAAUUGUAAUAAAUACACCGCAAAGAAGAGAA